UUGCGGGCCUUAGUAUCGACCCCAUCCGACCGAUCACCAGGAUCCAAACCAAAAAGGCCAUCCGCCCCCGCCGGCCGCCGCCGCACCACCCCGUAGACCCUCGCGGGCUCCCUCUCCGUUACCUACCGCAACCAGCGAGCGAAGCAUUAAGCAUCCAACCGCGCGGCGAGCGAGCGGCUGAGCGGCUGCAGCACCCCUCGCCCGCCGCCCCGAUCCGGCCCGCCGGCUGUUCCGCCGAAGGACCGAGGAGCGACGCUGCCGGUUCCGCGUUUUCUAGCAGCCGUUUCCCAAGGCGGACUCGGAGAAACAGGCUCCUUCUAUUCUCGAGUCCCGGUUUCUGAGGCGCCCGCGAUGUCGGGGGGCGGCCGCCCCCGCGGCGGCGCGCGGGAAAAGGUCCGGGAGGCGGCCUGCAACGCCGUCGCCGGCGGCUCGGUAGGGGUGAUCUCAGCGACGGUGCUGUGCCCACUGGACGUGAUCAAGACGCGGCUGCAGGUGUACGGCCUCCCUUCCAGCCUCUCCUCUGGCACUGCGCCGCCUGAUGGUAAAAACGCUGAGCUGUCUGUCCAAGACUCAAGGGAUGAGAGCUGGUUCAGUGCGUUACAAGAGCAUCUUAUCUGCUUUACAGCGGAUUGCAAAAUAAGGACUCUGUGGAUUGUACAGUGGUCUUCUUGCUUCUCUAGCUGGGGUUGUUCACGUAGGUAUCCAGUUUCACGCGAGAAGGUGAAGCUAUACUUUGCUAAAAGAGAGAAUACUACAGUUGAUAAUCUCAGCCCUAAACAAGUAGCUAUCUGUUCGAAGUCACAGCCUCGAUAAUGACAUACCCAUAUGAGGUUGUACGAUCCAAAUUGCAAGGACAAAGCUGUGAUCAUCAUGGUGCUAUGUGGUACAGUGGUGUAACUGACUGUAUCAAGCAAGUGUACAAGGAGGGUUUUGCUGGCUUCUACUGAGGCUAUGCUACGAACUUGCUGAGGACUACCCCAAAUGCUAUCAUUACUUCUACCAGUUAUGAGAUGAUCAACUGGCAAAGUUUCAUUGAGAUUGAAAUUCCGACGAGACAAUCUUCAAUCAAGCUGUGGGUGUAAUCGUUGGUUAUCAUGGAUGCAUUUCUGUUUGCCCGUUGUUGAAGAAAAGGUGGAACACAGAUUUUGGUGAAAGAGAGUGAAAUGGGCUGAAAUACUAUGUUUUGGCAUGAUAUAGAAACAUUCUCCUUAUUGCAUGUGUUCCAAAUUGUUGAUAGGAGCCAAUCCUUGUCUCCGAAACAUGCUGACAUGCUAAUUACCCAUUUAUACUGAUUUAUGCUUUCAGAUGAA